UCGGCCAGCUGCUCUGGUGCACUCUGGUGGUUCUUGUAACAGCGUCACUGUUUGCUUGAUCUCCAAACAGUCCAAGUGUGGCACUGAGGCUCAUGCAUGAUCCUGCGACAAAACUAAUUCCAGUGGACGUAUUUAAAUGGAAAAGGCUGGCUUUUCUUCUCCCAAACUUUUUAUUUAUUUAUUUUUUUACUUGAUAUUUUGACAUUUUCCUUGGAUUCAUGAAAGGGCUGAAACUGUGUGAACCAGUAUUGUUUUGGCUUUGCGGACAGUUUGGAUUCAUCUUUUCUCUGGGGAACGUGUUUUUGUUGCCUGCACAAACUUCCAGAAACAACAAGAUCUUCGGAGGUGAUGACGAGCCACUGCUACUCCCUUCUGAGCACUGCCAAACAAGACUCGCAAGGUGUGAAAUGUGAUCACUAACUGCACCGAAAAGACACUGUUCAGUGAGACAAACUACCUCAGAUUUUUGUAAAAUCGUAUGUAUGAUGCUUGCAAGAGGCUCCUACAGUCCCUCAGUUGUGCUGACUUUGAUGUGAAAAUCUAACACUUUCCACCUCUUGUGACUAAGUUCCCUGACUAAGCAAAGAUGAACAAUUUGAACACAUCAUCCUCACUGAACACGACAGGCGCCAUAUAUGCACCCAUGGGAAAAGAGAUCAUCGUUAUUCUGGUCUUCAUCAUACUCAUCAUAGUGGUGGGAAACCUGCUGGUCAUCAUUGCAAUAGCACGAACUCCGCAGCUUCAAACGACGACGAACAUCUUCAUUAUGUCCCUAGCAUGUGCGGACCUCAUCAUGGGGGUCCUUGUCGUGCCUCCUGGGGCCACUGUUGUGGUGACAGAUAAGUGGCAACUUACUGAAACAUUAUGUGACCUUUGGACUUCUAUUGAUGUCCUCUGUGUGACGGCGAGCUGUGAGACACUUUGUGUCAUAGCAGUGGAUCGGUAUAUAGCCAUUACCAGACCACUACGGCACAAAGUUCUGCUCAGUAAGUGGCGUGCCAGAAUAAUAGUUUGUAUAGUGUGGGUUGUGUCAGCCCUGAUUUCCUUUGUACCAAUAAUGACUUUGUUAUGGAGAGACGAAAAUGAUGAUUUGGCGAGGGAGUGCUAUGAAGAUCCCGCUUGCUGUGACUUUGUGACCAACAAGACCUAUGCUAUAAUAUCCUCUAUAAUAUCUUUUUACAUUCCACUGCUCAUAAUGAUAUUUGUUUACGCAAAAGUCUAUUUAAUAGCAUCCCGGCAGGUCCAGCAAAUAGAUAAGCGUCGGAUGCGCUUCCAAAAUGAAUAUCCAACAUCACAGACACAAGUUGGCCCCCAGCUCAACAAUACGCCGUCAUCGUCCAGCAACUGCAACAGUGCAGCGAGGAGCAAGAGUACCAAACGCAGGCCGUCACGGCUAAUACUUGUCAAAGAGCACAAGGCCCUCAAGACUUUGGGCAUCAUCAUGGGGGUCUUCACUGUUUGCUGGCUGCCUUUCUUUGUCGCCAAUAUCAUUAAUUCUUUUAACAAAGAAGUUCCUGAUAAAAAACUCUUUCGACUAUUAAACUGGCUUGGUUAUAUCAACUCUGGCCUCAAUCCCAUCAUCUACUGCAGGACUCCAGAGUUUCGCACUGCGUUCAAGAACCUGAUGGGCUGCCCAUGGAUGUCCACUCUGUGGAUCAAUUCUUUUUAUAAAGAACUGCGGACUCGCUGCCCCUGCUUUCUAUGGGAAGCUGAGUCAGGCACAGCAAGCCCUUUUCAGAAGACUUCAACCAGUAGGACUGAGGGUAGUGACAGCCUGGCCAGUACACAGGCAAGCAGCAGAAGUGAAGAGACUUCCCCCGGUCCUCCACAGUCCAACGGCUGCACACAGUACAGUGACUGUUCGGAGCCAGAAACCACGUUAUUCACGUUGCAGGAACAGGACAGAUGAAGAGUGAAAUGUCAACCUACUGAAGCGAACUGCGUUUCCAGCUGUUACUGUGAUUUCUGCAAAGUCUGAGACCAAACAGCAAAGAAAAGCUACAGAAAAGUUCAAUCCAGAACCCUGAAAAGCAUAGCAGAAUGAAGCUAGCCCCAAAGACAUGACUGGAUUGACUGUGGAGAAACAGAUGAUUCGGUCUGAAUGGGAACACUGUGACUGUUUUUUGUUGUUGUUGUUGUUUUUGUUUGUUUGUUGGCAUACAGCCGAGAUUAGGUUGCAUCACGGAUGAACCUCCCAGAGUCCUCUACGUGUUGUUUGGAAAAAGGCUCUCUGCUCCAGACUGACAGUGUUUGACAUCAACAUUGAAAUGCAUUCCAGUACAUGGACACAGUGUCACGUGGCUUGUGGUUUCAAAAAUGUCAGUAUAAACUAAUUUUUGUAGAGUAUAUUAUCUGGUAAGUUAUGUAAUGACGAUACACUGAAUCUGUAGCAAACUCGACUAAGCGAUCAUUCUGGCAAGCCUGUCUCCACUGUAGGAACAUUUUCUUCACAAAAACCUUUCAGUUUAAUAUCAGCUUAACCAAAGAACUAUGAAUAGAAAUACUCCAUUUUUGUGUCGGUUUAAAGUCUUAAAGUUUCUGUUUUGAGUCGGUAUGCACACAACAGUGAAACUGGGAUUUAAAAGCCCAUGUCUAUGUUAAGUUGUGCCAUGGCUACGAAUAAUGGGUGACAGAACCUUACGUCUGGAUGCCUCAAACAUCACGCCGUCUAGAAUCUUUUUGUGGGUAUGUCCUUGUACAAGGUACAGUAUUACGAACUGCAGGUAAACACAGCAGCAUUCGCAACAUGCCGUGCUGCUAGUUUAUUUUCUUUGGCUUGUGGCCACAGUAUAAGCCCAACACCGUCCCCUUAAUUGUCCACACGCACAGAAAACCUUCUGCCCACAUUAUGUAUUACUUCCUUGUCAUAAGGCACCUUGUGGUGUGAUUUUACAUAACAUCAUCUGUUGCAUUGAAAAAUAAAGUAUUUUAAAACUGUGUAA